UACGGCUGGGGGCCUCUCUACAAAAUUUGAACGUGCAACAUAUCCCUUAUUCCAUUCAUUCGGACACAAACGCACCAGUAUGCAAGCCUGAAGGACUACAGUAACACAGUACAUUAUUAUAAGAAUUUUUAUUCAACCAAAUUAUAUAGUAUUAGUAUAGAUUUCCGGAUUCAAAGCUCACACCUUUUGCAUCACUAAAACUGUCCAUACUACACAGACCCUACAGAAGAAAACUAUAAGCACAGUAAAUCAAAAUGCCUUCAGAAGAAAGUGUACGCCUGAGAGAUUACAAAAACCAGGGAAGGAGUGCGGAUGAAAUGAGAAGACGUAGAAACCAAACAACAAUAGAACUGAGAAAAGCUAGGAAAGAUGAUCAAUUGUUAAAAAGACGGAACUGUGCAAUAGAUGAAAAUGAACCACAAAUUCUUCAUGAAAUUAGCAAACAAAAUGUUACCAUGCCAUUACCAGAUAUAAUUAGUGCUAUACAAGGUUCUGAUUUACAACAACAGAUGAUGGCAACUCAAGCUGUCCGUAAAGUUUUGUCGAAAGAAAGGAACCCACCUAUAAAUGAUAUUAUCCAAGCUAAUCUUGUACCAAGACUAAAGGAAUUUUUGUCUCACAGUGAUAGACCUGAGUUGCAGUUUGAAGCUGCUUGGGCAUUGACUAAUAUUGCAUCGGGAACCUCCGAUCAAACAAGAUAUGUUGUUAAUGAGGGAGCGGUUGUAGAUUUUAUCAAAUUAUUAGACUCUCCUCAUCAAAAUGUCUGUGAACAAGCUGUAUGGGCUCUAGGAAACAUUGCUGGGGAUGGACCUGAACUGCGAGAUCAUGUGACAAUGGCUGGUAUUGUUGAUCCGUUGUUACGAUUGGCUAGAAUUGAUGUUCCAGCAGCAUUUUUACGGAAUGUUACAUGGACUAUUUCUAAUUUAUGCCGAAACAAAAACCCACCACCAAAAUUUGAAGUUGUGAAACAAUGUCUGCCUACUUUAGCGCGACUCUUGCACCACAGUGAUAAAGAGGUGUUGGCUGACACAUGUUGGGCCUUGUCUUAUCUUACUGAUGGUAGUAAUGACAAAAUACAGGAAGUUAUUGACGCUAAUGUUAUACCACGUUUAGUAGAAUUAUUAGGAUCAGCCGAAGCAUCUGUAUUAACACCUGCAUUACGAUCUAUUGGUAAUAUUGUUACUGGAGAUGAUCAUCAAACACAGGCUGUAUUGGAAGCUAAUGCCCUUCCAGCUUUUACCCGUCUGUUGAAUCAUCCUAAAAUAAAUAUACAGAAAGAAGCGGCAUGGACAUUAUCUAAUAUAACAGCUGGUAAUUCAGAACAAAUACAAGCUGUCAUCAAUCAGAAUUUGAUUCCUCCAAUUCUUCUUAUACUGAAACAGGGCGAUUUUAAGAGUCAGAAAGAAGCUGUAUGGGCUAUUACUAAUUUAACAUCGGGUGGUACAGUUGAACAGAUAGCCUAUCUAGUUCAAGCUGGUGCUGUACCAUUGUUAUGUGGACUACUGGGUGUAAGAGAAUCAAAAGUUAUUCUUGUCAUACUUGAUGCUCUUUGUAAUAUACUUCGAACUGCUGAGAAGAUUGGAGAACAUGAAAAGAUCAGUGAAAUAAUAGAAGAAUGUGGUGGUGUAGAUAGUGUUGAAGCACUACAGAAUCAUGAAAAUGAGCAAGUUUACAAGUCGGCUCUUGAAAUUAUAGAGAAAUAUUUUGGUGGAGAGGAAGAAGAUGAGAAUAUUGCACCUACUGCCAGUGGUGAUAAUACAGGCUAUCAAUUUAAUGCAGCUUCUACUAUUCCUACACAAGGUUUUUCUUUCUAAUAAUGUUACAACUCAACUUAUAGUGGAAUGCAAGUACUCAAAUUCAACCGGGUUAAUACUUGUACAUUUUAAGUAUUAUAAAAACUUUUUACACAUUACAAAAGUAGAAACAAUUGGUAUAUUGAUGCCAUAUUAAUUUUUAUACGCCUAAACUGUCGACAGUCCAUCAACAAUUUAAUUAGCUCAUUUAGACAAGACUAGUUUCUAUAGACCCAUAUUUUCAUGUGGAGGUAUUAUACAUCCGCUCCUUUCCGUCUGUUCAAAUUUGAUGUGGAAAUUCUACAGGUCACAUUUUUCUUCUUUCAGAUUUCGAUGUAGCUUAUAAUAUAUGUUCAUAUCCUAAAGUCGGGUCAAAUUGUGGGACAAAUGGAUUAUUGUCCCUGAUUGUAUGAAAUCGUGUUUUGAUCAAGCAUAAAUUUAUUUCAAAUUAGGUGUUUAAAUUGGAAUUGGGGGUCAUGAGAAGAUGAACCCUAUCAACAUCAGCGUUACUGAAUUAUCCCCCCCCCCCCCCAAUUUGCCACGAACCACCUGGAUGUGAUACAGUCCAACAUUUUUAAAGGAUAUAUUUCAAAUUUUGUGUGAAACAUUGGCGUCAUCCGAAGGCGAACCCUAUUGAUAUUCAGAGUUCUGUGGCCUUCCGUUCGGCAAACUGUUAAUAGUUUUGGAUGGAUUUAUUAUAUAUUUGUGAAGCAUUGGGAUCACAAGAGGACCAACUCGAUCAAUAUUCACCAUUCAGCUACUUUCAAUUCUCUAGUAACCCAAACUUUUCCAAAACCUUUCUUAGCAUGAUAGUGGCAACACUUUUUAACAGAUUUCUUUUCAAAUUUGCUGUAGAAACGAUAGAUUAGAUAAGGAUCCGUAUCAAACCUGUUUAAAAACCAAGUUUUCCUUUCCUGGCUAUAUUUGUUUUCAAGACAAAGCUGCUGUGUGGGCGUUUUUAUCUUGGUGCAAAUUCAUAACUAAUACCUAACUUCACAAAUAAUAUCAUUGUCCAUUACUUGAAUUCAUUUUUUGUCGAUUAUUUUAUGUUUCUUUUGAAAUAUUGUAAAUUUCUUUAUGCAUGUGUGAAUUAAUUGCAUGUAUUGUCUCAAUUUCUUUGUCUAUUAUUUAAAUUGUAUUCCUUCUUCUGCUAACUUUCACAUUAAUUUAUAUAUAUUGUUUCAAACUGUAAUCAAGUGCUAGUAAAUGAAUGAGAAUUUAAUGUAAUAUUUACAGCCUUCUUGAAUUUUUAUUAAUGGAUUGUCUUGAAUCCUAUCGGUUAUUGAAAUAAAAGCUGUGUUAAAUCC